AUGACAAAUGAAACUGUUGAACAAUCAAGUGGCAAUGGUAGAACAACUAAUGGUACUGGGAGUGAGGAAGUCAAUUCUGCUAUGUACAUGCAUCCAUCUGAUAAUCCAGAGUGUAAGAAACCAGAUCCAGGAACAUUGCAAUAUCGUCAAUGGGAAAUGUGCGAUGAUAUAGUGACAUCAUGGAUUCUAAAUUCACUUGCAAAAGAAAUUUUCGAUGGUGUGGAGUAUGUGAGUGAUUCGUUUGAGUUAUGGAAGGAAUUGGAGGAUCGAUAUGAUCAGACGAAUGGAGCAAAACUCUACCAAGUUCAACGUGAGAUAAAUGAUUUAUCUCAAGGAAUUUUGGAUAUCACAACAUACUAUACAAGGAUGAAAAGAUUGUGGGAGGAAUUACGUACUCUUCACAAGAAGAUUCAAUGUAGCUGUAACUGUGUUUGUGGAGCUAAGGAAAAUUUUUAUAAAGCAGAACAGGACAGGAGAUUGAUUCAUGUCCCUUAUGGGAUUGAAUGA